AUGGCCACUCCAACUCACAAUCUGGCAGUGAUCAUCAAGAACCCAUUGAACGUAGAAGAAUUCCUCCUCAUCAAACAAACUCCACCCCCUCCCUUCAAUGACCCUCAAUAUGAUUCUUAUCUUGAUUCUGAUCUCUGGGACUUGCCUUCCACUGCCUUAACUGCCCUUUCCGGCCAAGAUUCAUCACAUUCUCAAAUUCCCUUUAAAACCCAUGAUCUUCCUUCCGAGGAGAGCUUCAGUUUAAGCCAAUUUGAUUUUAAUUCAGCUCUGAACCAGGUUUUGGAGCAAGUAGGAUUUGUAACAGCCAGGGAUGUUGAGUGGGAGUUUCAGAAGUGUAUUGAGGAACCUGACUUUGGGCCUGGUUUACCUGUUAAGACAGUGUAUCUUCUUGGGCAUUUAGGGUCAAACAAUUCAAAUCUAAAAGAGCAUUGUAAGUGGUUGACAGUUGAAAGUUGCCAUGACAUGCUUCUUGAAGUGAAACCUGGUAAUCAUCGCAUAGGACCUUUGGUUGUUCUUGGCCUUCUAAAUGACUCGGCACCAUCGGAGAAAUGGAAAGUUUCUCCCACCUUGCGACCUCAGGAAUACCCUCCUGGCAUUAAACUUAUUCCUAUGCAAAGUAGAACAGCAAGGCCAUUUCGCACGACAAACUUGGCUAUCUUUGUAUCUGGGACUAAUUCCAAUAGCUGCGCCAAUGCUAACUUUAUCGUUCAAGGUGAUGCCUUAAUUGUAGAUCCAGGAUGCAGCUCUUCUUUACACAAAGAGCUUGCCGAAAUUGUUGCAGCUUUGCCCAAAAAGUUGGUGGUUUUUGUGACCCAUCACCAUCAUGAUCAUGUUGAUGGGCUUUCUGUUGUGCAGAAAUGCAAUAGUGAAGCUAUCAUUGUGGCUCAUGAAAACACCAUUCGUCGAAUUGGGAAAGAUAAUUGGUCUCUUGGAAGUGUAUCAGUUUGCGGUUCUGAAGAGAUCUGCAUUGGUGGUCAGCGACUUCAAAUUAUUUCUGCUCCAGGUCAUACAGAUGGCCAUAUGGCAUUGCUUCAUGUCAGCACCAAUUCACUGAUUGUGGGUGAUCAUUGCGUUGGUCAAGGAAGUGCUUUGUUGGAUUCGACAUCUGGUGGCAAUAUGAGUGAUUAUUUUCGGACGACCUACCAUUUUAUGGAUCUUUCUCCUCAUAAUUUGAUUCCCAUGCAUGGAAGGAUUAACAUCUGGCCAAAACACAUGCUCUGUUCGUACCUUAAAAAUCGCCGGGCACGAGAAUCAACCAUUUUGAAAGCCAUUGAAGGUGGGGCAAAAACAUUGUUUGACAUUGUUUCAUUCACCUAUGCUGAAGUUGAUCGUAGCCUAUGGUUUCAUGCUGCAUCAAAUGUGAAGCUACAUGUGGAUCAUCUUGUCCAGCAGGACAAGUUGCCAAAGACUCCCAUAUUUCCAUUGCAGGGUUUCUCUGUAGAGAACUUUAAGCACAGCUUUUCUGCAUUUAGUGACCAACCAUCCACAUCUUUAGCCCCUCCGUCCUUCCAAUACCUAUGCAGCUCCUCUGUUUCAACUUCUGAAUCUGCUAAAACUUCAGGUAAUGAAACCAGAAGUAUGUUCGGGACAAUGUCUCCACAAAAUCUAUGGCAUUCAAUGACUGAUGAAGAAUUGCUGUGGAAAGCCUCAAUGGUACCUCAUAAUGUCAAGUCCCCAUUCAAAUGCACUCCAAAAGUCGCAUUCAUGUUCCUAACAAGGGGAAGCUUGCCCUUAGGGCCACUUUGGGAGAUGUUCUUCAAAGGGCAUCAAAAGUAUUUCUCCAUUUAUCUCCAUACCUCACCAGAGUUCAACAAAGAGCCUCCUGAAACAUCGGUCUUCUACAAGCGUAGGAUCCCAAGCAAGGAUGUUCAAUGGGGGAAACCAACAAUGAUCGAUGCAGAGAGGCGUUUACUAGCAAACGCACUUCUUGAUUUCUGUAACGAAAGGUUCAUCUUACUCUCAGAAUCAUGCAUUCCUUUAUUCAACUUCAGCACAAUCUACAACUACCUUAUCAAAUCAAGCAGUAGUUAUCUGGGUUGUUUCGACGACCCUAGGCCAGUCGGGCGAGGAAGAUACAAGAAGAGAAUGUCACCAACCAUCACAUUGUCAGAAUGGAGAAAAGGGUCACAAUGGUUUGAAGUGAACAGAAAGUUAGCCAUUGAAAUAGUGUCUGAUACAAAAAUAUACCCAAUCUUCAGCAAUCAUUGCUUGCCUCCUUGUUACAUGGAUGAACAUUAUUUGCCAACAUUGGUGACAAAAGUAUGCCCUGAAAUAACAUCAAAUCGGACCAUAACUUGGACAGAUUGGUCAGUCGGAGGAUCACAUCCUAGGACAUUUGUCAGAAAUGAUGUUAGUGAAAUAUUUCUGAAUCGUGUUCGUUAUGGAACCAACUGCAGUUACAAUGGAGGGAUGAGGUCAGUGUGUCAUCUUUUUGCAAGGAAGUUUCAUCCAAACACCCUUCAGCCAUUGUUAAGAAUUGCUCCAAAAUUAAUGGAGUUCAGUUCUUGA